AUGGAUUCGUUUCGUUCGUCUCCGAGAUGUCGUAACGGAGCAGUCUAUGGUACAAGGGUUGGUCGAAAGAUCGGGUGCCCAGGAGAGGUUGCGCGACAGGCCGAUACAGCGGCAAGCAAGCGUGGUGUCCACACACACACAGAACACAGACCAGGUCGCGCAGGUCGGGUGGGCCAUGAGGUUCACCCGCUUGCAUCACCAGCAGUCCCGAUGAUGUGUGUACCCGUGAAGCAGGCCGCCUUCACCGGGGAUGCGACAGACGGAGUUGGAGGAUCUGGUCAGGAGGAUUUAUAG